AUGUUUGUGCACGUGCCAAAGGGGGCGCUGGCGACGCCGGCGGUACAGGUCGUCGUUAGUGUGGGGAGGAGCUGGAUGAUGUGGGAUGCGGGAAGGAUGACUUUGUUGUUUGUCGGCCCGGAUGCUGGAGCUGCCAUCACGAGCUUGGCGGUUACGGGCACAGAAGUCUUUGCGGCUGCAGGACCACGGAUCAUCCGAUAUAUCCGAGGCAAGGAGGCUGGACAAUUCAACUCGCCGAAUAAAGCACCACUUGGGGAAAUCAUGAUCUUUGGCGAGCAGAUGCUUGCGCUUCGGGAGGAUGGGAAGGGGAUGUUCAUCUGGAACCUGGCCACCCGGAAGCUGGAAAAUGAGAUCGCCUUCCAUACCACCUUUAUCGCUACGGCGCUGCAUCACCCCGCGACGUACAUCAAUAAAAUCAUCGUCGGGUCUCAAAGCGGAGAAAUGCAGCUCUGGAAUAUUAGGACAUGUACCAUGAUCCAUACCUUCUCCGCCCCCUCCUCGCCUUCCCCAAUCACCUCCCUCGCCCAAUCUCCCGCUAUUGACGUGAUCGCCAUAGGUCAUACGGACGGCACGAUCCGUUUACACGAUUUACGGCUGGACGAGCCCAUCCUCCAGCUGAGUCAGACGGAUGGGGCGGUCACCUCUCUUUCGUUCAGGAUGGAUGGGCCGCCCAUACUGGCAAGCGGGUGUAGUAAUGGCUCGUUCGCGGUAUGGGAUCUUUCUAAAGGCCGGAUUGCGCAUGUGCAGCGAGGAGCGCACGAGAAGGGCGUGGCGGGGUGUCAGUGGGUCCAGGGGCAGCCUCUGUUGAUGACCAGCAGCGAGGAUAAUAGUGUUAAGCAAUGGGCUUUCGACUCGCCAGAUUCCGUACCCCGGCUUCUCAAGUUCAGAGGCGGACAUCACGCCCCGCCCGCUUGGGUACGGUACUAUGGGGACGACGGGAAACAGAUCUUGACGGCUGGAAGGGAUCGGGCGCUGAGGUAUACAAGUGUAGUGAGGGACUCGAGGAGUCACGAGUUGUCGCAGGGCGCGGUAAUCAAGAAAGCCCUCACUCUUGGCGUUUCAUCAGACCACCUGAAACUCCCCCAGAUCACGGCGAUAGCGAGCUCCUCGACCCGCUCGAAAGACUGGGACGACGUCCUCACUGCGCACGCGGACGAUGGGAUCGCGCGGACAUGGAGAGCGCUGGAGAAGCGGAUAGGGACGAAUCUGCUCGAGGCGGACGAUGGAGUUGUUCAGUCUGUCUGCGUCACUGCGUGCGGAAACUUCGGGCUGGCCGGGUCCUCGACGGGCGAGAUCCGGAUGUGGAACAUGCAAUCCGGGAAGGAACGCCGAUCUUUUGCGUUGUCGGGCACGGUUGCGGGCGAUUCAAAGCCCAAGAUUAUUGCGCAGACGAAACCGAAGAAAAAGGCGGUGAAGGAGGAUAGGUUGAUACAGGCUGUGACUGGAUUGGUGACCGAUGCGCUUAAUACGCGGGUUAUUGCCAGUACGCUCGAGGGGAAAUUAUACACGUUCGACUUCCACAGCACCAAACUCCUCUCAACCCUCACCCUCCCAUCCUCCAUAACCGCUCUCACCCUGAACCGGGACUCCAACCUCCUCUUGUGCAUCUGCGACGACCUCGCCCUCCGUCUCGUCGAUAGCGAGUCCAACCGCAUCGUCCGUGAAUUGCGGGGCUUCCAGGGCCGGAUCCUCGACGCGUGCUUCUCGCCCUCGGGCCGAUGGGUAGUCGCUUGUGCCCUGGACGGGUGCGUGCGGACGUACGAUAUACCCACCGGACGGAUGGUGGAUAUCUUUAGGGCGGAGAGCGUCGCGACGAGCUUGACGUUCAGCCCGACGGGGGAUUUCUUGGCUACGAGCCAUGUGGAUAGUUUGGGGGUGCACCUGUGGGCAAAUAGGGCGCAAUUCUCAGAUCUGUCCUUGAGACAUAUCAACGAAGACGAGCCCGUCCCGGACCUCGCCCUUCCGUCGAUCCAAGGCGAGGAAGACGCGAUCGGGAUGGACGGAUUGGAACUUGUUGGCGAACCGGAAUAUACCGAUCUCUACGUUUCGCCCGAGCAGCUCGAAGGGGGGUUGUUGACACUUACGCUGCUCCCGAGGAGUAGAUGGCAGACUCUUCUCAACCUGGACACAAUUAGGCAACGGAACAAACCAAAGGAGCCCCCAAAGGCGCCCGAAGCCGCGCCGUUCUUCCUCCCUACCGUACAAGGGCUGGAGACCCGCUUUGAUCUCUCUUCGGCACAAGACGAGGCAUUGAAGCAGUCCGGCGGGAAACGGAUCGAUCUGGGGGAUGGGGCCGGGUUCGUCGAGAGCGACUUCACGCGCCGAUUACUUGUUGAGGAUGUCGAGGGGGACUAUUCCGCCUUCUUUGAACACCUAAAAUCCCUUCCCCCAUCCCUCCUAGACCUCGAAAUCCGAUCACUCCUCUCCCUCCCGCACCUCGCCGCGUUUAUCACCGCCCUUACCCAGCGGCUGAAGAGUCAUCGAGAUUUCGAAGCGGUACAGGCGUACCUUGCUGUCUUUUUGAGAGUGCAUGGGGAUGUGCUGGUUGCGCAUGAGGAGUUGUUGGGGGGUUUGAAGGAGCUCAGGGAGGAGCAGGGGAGGGAGGGGGGACGGUUGGGCAAGUUGGUGGGUUAUAGUUUGGGGACGUUGGGAUUUUUGAGGAGUGCGGGGUUGUAG